AAACGAUGGCCGACAACAAUCGAGGAGGAUCGACGACUAAUGAAAUAACAUACUAUUUAAACAUUGAAAAUGCCAAGAUUCUGGCAUUUUGUCUAGUUUGUGGGUUUGUUAUGUAUCACGGUGUUUUACAUCUUAAGUAUGGUAAUGAUUCUUGUAAGUGGUUAUUAAGUGAUGGGCGUUUCCCAGGGUAUAACACAUGGCAACCGUAUGGAUGUAUGAUGCAUAAAUAUACAAAAGUUCAUGCACGGCGAUGUAUGCAUUAUAUUUACUACUGGGGAGAACAGAACCAUAUCACCUUCCUGGGAGAUUCUCGAAUUAGACAGCUCUAUUUUGAGUUUGUGAAUCUUCUGAGCCUGCAGAGGGUUGAGGAACAUAAAGCUCACCAGGAUCUUCAUUUUGAGGACAAGAAAAUAAGUGUGACCGCUGACUUUUUGUGGCACCCUAUGGUGAACUCAUCCAUGUAUGAUGUGUAUAAGAACUGGUUGAUGGCAGAGAAAAGUUCCAGGCCAAAUCUUCUGAUCACAGGCAGUGGGACUUGGAGCAUUAAGCAGUUCAAUGCUUCAGAAGAGGCUGUGAAGAACUUUGAAUUGAAUCUGACCAUGAUUCUACCUUACAUCUUGAAGUUGAAAGACAGCACUCAAAUUAUUUGGAUGUUGCAAGAUCCUGUAGAUGAAUCCAAGCUCUACCUGAACAGAUCAGUGAUCACCAAUCAACAGGUGGACGCCUACAACAAAGUGGCCAUUGAUAUACUUGGAGGGAGUGAGGCCAAGUUGUGGAGCUCCUCCAGAUUGGUAGCCCAGGGAAUACAUGACAACUCACUCCUGGAUGGCCUUCAUAUAUCUAAAAGUGCUCUGGAACUUGAUAUCCAGAUGUUGAUGAACAUGUACUGUAAUGAUCACAUGAACCACAAGGAUGGUACAUGUUGUCGGGUACCAGAUUCUGUGACUUCUAUACAGAUUAUCACAGCUGCCUUCUUCCUUGUGUGUCUUCUGUCAGCAAUAGCCAUGUUCUUGUACAGAAGGAGGAUCCGACGUAAUGGCAGUAAAGCCAGAGCAGAUAGUGGUAUUCGGAAUGGCAGGUCAUACGUUACACCAUCGGAGAAAACCUGGCCGGACACUGUGUAUGAGAUUAUGGUUUGUUUGGCCAAGCUUGGACUGAUCAUGACUUACACAUUUCUCUGUGACAGGACUAACUUCUUCAUGAAGGAGAACAAGUAUUACACCCAUGUCAAUUUCCUCUUGCCAUUUGCGUACCUAAUGAUCUUGGGCUUCUUUUUCACUGAGAACACAGACCAGACUAAAGUUUUACACCGAGAUCAGACAGAUGAAUGGAAAGGAUGGAUGCAGCUAAUGAUAAUGAUUUACCAUUUAACUGGAGCCAGCAAGGUUUUACCCAUCUACAUGCACAUUCGAGUGCUGGUGUCUGCUUACCUGUUUCUGACAGGUUAUGGACAUUUCUCUUAUUUCUGGAACAAAGCGGACUAUAGUUUCCAAAGAUACUGCCAGCAUAGUUGUUAUGUACGAUGUUGUGGCUGGUAUGACUUCAGAUAUUAUGUUGAAGUGAUGUUCCGGUUGAAUUUUCUGGUUGUGGUGCUGUGUUUUGUGAUGAACCGACCUUACCAGUUCUAUUACUUUGUACCGCUGGUUUCCUUCUGGUUUACAGUAGUUUACUUAACCAUGGCAAUAUGGCCAAGAAUUUCAGCAGCUUCUAGUGAUUCAAGCAACUUACAUUACCUGUAUAUGAUAAUUAAAUUAAUUAUCCUGACCACUGUGAUAACCCUCUUCUUUAUGUCAGAGGUUUUAUUUGAGAAAGUAUUUUUGAUGAGGCCAAUUAAAGCCCUGUUUGUUCGUUCAGACGAUUCUCUACAUGAGUGGAGGUUUAGAUGGACAUUAGAUAGAUAUAGCGUAGUUUAUGGGAUGGUGUUUGCAUUUGGCUACCAUCUGUUACUGAAGAAAGGAGUGAUAUCAGACAACCACACUAACUCUCUCUUCUCUACAGGCGUAUCCCUAUGUCUCACUUUCCUGGGCUUCAUAGGACUAGGGAGCUAUGCCAUUUUUUCAUUCCUGUGUAAGAACAAGACAGAGUGUAAUGAUACUCACUCCUACCUAGUAGCUCUACCUUUAUUCUCCUACGUGAUAGUCAGGAAUGUACUAGGAUGGGUGCGGACCAGAUAUAGCUCAUUCUUUGCCUGGUUUGGUAAAAUAUCCUUAGAGCUGUUUAUAGCUCAGUACCAUAUAUGGCUGGCAGCAGACACCUACGGAGUUUUAGUCUUGAUGCCUUCAUAUCCCGUGUUGAAUGUGAUAGUGACGUCUUUUAUUUUUAUCUGUGCUAGCCAUGAAAUUUCUAAAAUAACUGGGACCUUAACAAAUUAUUUAGUGCCAAAGGAAGGGAAGGCAUUGUUAAGAAACGCUAUUAUUUUCUUUAUGAUUAUGCUUCCAUUGUCUGUUACAAAAGGUGUUCUUCCGUUUUAGGAAAUGUAUUUUUUGUCCACUACUUUCUUUGAUUGCAGGAGAUAUUUUAGAAUUUGGAUCUGUCCGUCUGUCAUUCUGUCAUUGUCCUUUAGCUUUUGCAAUGUAUUUUCAUGUCGUAACUAUGACUAAAAGAAAAUCCCUAUGAAUUUGGAUCUAAGAUCAAUCUCAGACACUCAUUUUUUUUUUCAUAAAGAGGUUAUAGAUAAUGAUUAUAUCUUUAGUCCUCUUUGAGCUUUUGUAAUGAAACUUAAGGUGAUGACUUCCUCCAAAAGAAAGACCCCAACUGAUUUUGAGGCCUAAAAGGUGAAAGGUUAAGGUCAGAAAUUCAUAUAUGGUAUAAAAUGGUACACUUUAGUUUCAAGAUGAUAUUCAGUAAAACUUGUCUAAUCCAGAAGUUCUGUUAUCGAAAAUCUUGCUUAUUAUGAUGUUAAAUUUAAUUUAAUUGUUUGAUAUGUUGUGUAAUCCGAAAUGUUGUAGAAUCCGGCCAAUUUCUACGGAAUCAGUGGUGUCCGGAUUUGACAACUCUUGCGCUUUAGCUUUUGCAAUGAAAUUUUAUAUUUAACUACUUACAUGCAUAACUUUAAGAAAAACUUAUUGUUUUUGAAGUUAAAAGUUCAAGGACUAUGUUAUGCAUAAAUUAUCCCAUGUGUCUAACUGUCUUUAAUGUCCUAGUACAUGUCUGACAAACUAGACAAUGAUUCCUUAUAUUUACAUUUAUGGCGGUCAGACAGGUUCGAUCACCGCUGGCCAGAUAGCUAGGUUGGUAGAGCACCUGAGUGGAGAUUCAGGGGGCCGGGUUUAAGUCCUGGUCUGGUCCGUAGCAUUUUCUCCUCCUUUGUUACAUUUGGUGCCGUACCUUGCCCCGUAAGUGACAGGCAAAAGAUCUGCCAGGGAAGAGCCUGGGUUGGUGUCUUCAGAGGGGAAGACCUAUAUGGAGGGAGGAAUAUGGUGGUCAGAUGGGUUCGGUCGUCGCUGGCCAGAUAGCCAAGUUGGUAGAGCACCUGAUUGAAGAUUCAGGGGACCCAGGUUCAAAUCCCGAUCUGGUCCAUCACAUUUUCUCCUCUUGUUUUACAUAUUUAUGUUUGAAAUAAAAAGAUAAAUUUAAAAAUGCUGUCUAAUAGAUAUGAAAUACCUGAGGCAAUCCAUGUUAAUUUCCAUAGUCCCCACCUACUGACAUCAGACACAAUGACAGCCGCAGAAAAUUAUGACAGCCGCGGAAAAUUGACAUGAUUUUAGGCACUUGACCUUUCACUUGGCGAAAUAAACAUUCAGUUGUAAACAUUGAGAAAUCAACACACUUAACUUUCAUCACAGAGAAAGCAGUUGGAAAUGUAAAUAUAAAAUUUUGUUCUUAAAGGUGAGAUGCAAGUUGCUUGAAUUAGAUUGAUCUUUGCAUUAAUAUGAAUGUAUUGUGUGUAUGCUAUUGAAGUCAUUUGUUGUAAUAUUUUUGUUUUAUUUAUUUAUGAAAUGUAUUUUGUAAUAAAUGUUACAACAAAAGUGCUUUUUAUAUUCUAUUUAUUUUUCAUUUAUACAUGAUGAUGUACAUUAAUAUGAAUGUUAACCAUUGAAUUGUUUAUAGGCUAGUAUUAUAAUUUUCUAUUC